UCUCUUCCAAAAGUCAAUUGUAUCGUGCAAGCACGCAUACCAACCAGUUUUGGCGCAGAGCUGCGGCUGCACGUUUACAAGAAUAAUGUUGACGACAAGUCACACCUGGCAUAUGUAUUCGGAGACCACAUUCAGAGCCGAAGCUUGAAUCGAGCGAACAAAGACGAGACACAACUGGACCGAAUGAUUCGAGGAGCAUAUAAAGGACGAUUAUGGCCCGGGCAGACCACCACAGGUGAUUCGCGGUUGAGCCAUGAAGACACACCUUCUUCGAAGAUGAAUCCAACAUUAGUUCGCGUUCAUUCGGAAUGCUAUACCGGCGAGACUACCUGGUCGGCCAGAUGUGACUGUGGAAAUCAACUAGAGGCAGCAGCACGUAUGAUGGCCACAUCAAAGAGUGGGGUGAUUGUGUAUCUCCGGCAGGAGGGUCGUAACAUUGGGCUCGCAGAUAAGCUCAGGGCAUACAAUCUUCAGGAUAUGGGCCUUGAUACGGUCGACGCAAAUCUUGCCCUUGGGCGUCCAGCAGAUGCUCGGUCGUAUGGGAUAGCGACCGCCAUUCUGAUGGAUCUUGGUCUGGGGAAUGAUUCAGGCAGUUCUGGCAUCCGCUUGUUGACGAAUAAUCCGGAUAAGCUCGGGGAAAUUGAAGGUCCUCAUGGGGAGCUCACAGUGAAAGAGAGGGUACCGAUAAUUCCAUUGCCGGCAGAUUCAUCGAGAGGCUGGGAGUCCAACAGCAUUGAGCUUCAUAACUAUUUACAAACCAAGGUA